AUGGCUCCAAAACAUGGCCAGUGGCCACACCUUCGGCCAGGGGAACUGACCCUCCUUGAUUAUGCUGCAGAUGACACCCGCGAUGUGAUGACGCUCUCGGACAAAGAAGCGCUCGUCCUGCAGCUCGCCGAACAGAUCCAGGAACAACAACUAGAAAAAGCGUUACUAGAACAAGAAUCGGAGCCAUUGUCCGGUGACAAUGUGGAAGAGGAGCUCGCGACCGCGCAACGCGAGUUUUUAGAGGCGCGAGCUACCUACACCGUCAGAAGGAAAGCAGCGCGUACCAUCCUCAUGACUGACCCGAUCUUGAAAGCGGUGCACCUGAAGGCGACCACCCCCCCUGAAAAGUAUGUUGGAAUCCCUUGUCUAUAUGCGCCGCGUCUCAUGAAAUCUUGCAGAGCGCUAUUUCGCCUGGUCAACCGUCGCGACGAGCUAGCCCUCGCACAUGAGAACCUAGCCUCCGUCCACAACGCAGUUCUGAAACAGCUCUCCAACUUGAAGGUCGAGAAUUUACAGGUCAACCGGAAGAAUCAAGAAUUAGUGAGCCAACUAUUACAGCUCACGAAACAGGAUUCUUCCUGGCGUGAAAGGCUUCAAGAUGCGAAGCUCGCGUCGCAGCUAGAUGAGCUCGAAGCUGAACUCAAAACCAGCAAGGCGAAAUGGGACACCAUGAAGAACAUCGCUAGCGCUAUGGUAGUCGGCAGCGGGCUAAACUGGGCUGAGGACGAUGAUCUACAAGCUCUUGUUCUGGACGAGAGUGACGAUUAA